CCUUAUUUCUUGCUUAUUUCUGCACCUUCCGUCCCGCGGAGGGCUUCAACUUUUGUGGACCAGAAGUAACAGCCCGCGAGCCGCGUGUGGCCCACGCCGGCGGGGCCCUUGCCCUUCCCUGCCGGGGAUGUUCCAGUCGGAGGCCUUGAAGUCGUUUGCAGAAUUUUGUUUCUGGUUCACUCUGCUUCAUUUUGGCUGAACUUGAGAACCUCCCCGCCUAGUCUCUCGUCUUGGAGAUUCUAUCUCAACUUAACGAAAAUGGUGUGAAAAGCACUUUUAAACCAAAGACUGUAUGGACAAAACCCUGUAAUAAGGCUUGUGAGCUCUGGCAGCAUGAAAACAACUUUUUGCCAAGAACCCAGGUCACCACUGAGAAGGGGGCCUUAAGGGAAAAGAAUAUCAGGAGGAUAUCAAUGCCAAGCACAUCUGGAAUUACGCUCACAGCCAGCAGCAUGCAGCACUGCGGGCCAGCCUCUGUGUCCCACUGGUGCAGGCUGGGGCUCUCCAGGUAGGAGGCUCCUAGGGCAGCAGCAGCAGGAGCCUCUCAGGGAAGAAUGGGGCCAGAUACGAACUCUACAGUGAGCAUAGAAAACUUCAGGUUAUGAAGGAAUUUUAAGAGAACAACUAUUUAAUUUUCACAUAAUCACAUUCAGAAGCCUUCUUGUGAUUGCCAGCAGUCACCCCCUCUACAGGAGUUACCACGAUUUUUCUGGCACCAAGGUGAACUCUUCUUGGUAUUUCUGGCGAUACAGAUCUGCUGGGCAGACUCAUCUGCUGAACGCUUGGAGGCAGGGAAAGAGUAAAACCUCUGGAAGCAGUGUCAAGAAAGCAGAACAGAGAACCUCUCCUAUGCCUCCCACUUGCACAGAAACUUGGCUUGGAUGUGGAUGUUGUUAAUUGAAGACUUCUAUUGUGUUCACUGCAAAGUCCAUCUGUCUUGGGGAGACCUGGCGUUUUGGGGCUGCCUCUCGGCCCUUUUCUACUGUCAUUCCACCCCCAUGCGUGCUAUGCAGGCAGUUGAAUGAUGUGAACUUGAGGAUGGAGUUUGGUGCCCUUGGGGAACUGACUUCCUUUUCUAGGCUUGUGCUGUCGGAAAGGACCACCUGAAGGCUGUGUUUGUGCGUGGGAAGGAGGGCAUUGCCUGGCUGGAAUCCUCCACCAUGUUCCUGUUGCUGCCUUUUGAUAGCCUGAUUGUCAACCUUCUGGGCAUCUCCCUGACCGUCCUCUUCACUCUCCUGCUUGUUUUCAUUAUAGUCCCUGCCAUUUUUGGAGUCUCCUUUGGUAUUCGAAAGCUCUACAUGAAAACAUUGUUAAAAAUCUUUGCGUGGGCUACCUUGAGAAUGGAAAGAGGAGCCAAGGAGAAGAACCACCAGCUUUACAAGCCUUACACCAACGGGAUCAUCGCAAAAGAUCCCACUUCACUAGAGGAAGAGAUCAAAGAAAUUCGUCGAAGUGGUAGCAGUAAGGCUCUGGAUAACACUCCAGAAUUUGAGCUCUCUGACAUUUUCUACUUCUGCCGGAAAGGAAUGGAGACCAUUAUGGAUGAUGAGGUGACAAAAAGAUUCUCAGCAGAAGAACUGGAAUCCUGGAACCUGCUGAGCAGAACCAAUUACAACUUCCAGUACAUCAGUCUUCGGCUAACUGUCUUGUGGGGGUUAGGAGUGCUGAUUCGGUACUGUUUCCUUCUCCCACUCAGGAUAGCUCUGGCAUUCACAGGGAUUAGCCUUCUGGUGGUAGGCACUACCUUGGUGGGAUACUUGCCGAACGGGAGGUUUAAGGAGUUCUUGAGUAAACAUGUUCACUUAAUGUGUUACCGGAUCUGUGUGCGAGCCCUGACUGCCAUCAUUACCUACCAUGACAGGAAAAACAGACCAAGAAAUGGAGGCCUCUGUGUGGCUAACCAUACAUCUCCUAUUGAUGUUAUCAUUUUAGCCAGUGACGGUUAUUAUGCCAUGGUGGGUCAAGUGCAUGGAGGACUCAUGGGUGUGAUUCAGAGAGCCAUGGUGAAGGCCUGCCCCCAUGUUUGGUUUGAGCGGUCCGAAGUGAAAGACCGCCACCUGGUGGCUAAGAGACUGACUGAACACGUGCAGGAUAAAAGCAAGUUGCCUAUCCUCAUCUUUCCAGAAGGUACCUGCAUCAACAACACGUCAGUGAUGAUGUUUAAAAAGGGAAGUUUUGAAAUUGGAGCCACGGUUUACCCAGUUGCUAUCAAGUAUGACCCUCAGUUCGGCGAUGCCUUCUGGAACAGCAGCAAGUAUGGGAUGGUGACAUACCUGCUAAGGAUGAUGACCAGCUGGGCCAUCGUCUGCAGUGUCUGGUACCUGCCUCCCAUGACCAGAGAGAAAGAUGAAGAUGCCGUCCAGUUUGCCAACAGGGUGAAAUCUGCCAUUGCCAGGCAGGGAGGGCUGGUGGACCUGCUGUGGGAUGGUGGAUUGAAGAGGGAGAAGGUAAAGGACACGUUUAAGGAGGAGCAGCAGAAGCUCUACAGCAAGAUGAUUGUGGGGAACCAUGAGGACCGGAGCCGCUCCUGAGCCCAAGGGCCCUCUGGCAGGAACCACCUGCCGGAAUCCUGGCACGCGAGCCAGCGGAGCUGUUGCCGCUGCUGCCACCACCACCCCCGCUGCCUUCUCCUUCCAGACUCGGGCCGUGGGCUGCUCUGGAUCCCAGGACCCUGGCCUCAGAGCUGCGUGGGUCCCUGCGCUUGGGCCGGCUCGGCCUGCCCUCGCUGUCUGCAGCGAGUACUGCUGGGUGUUGCUGCCCAGGACGAGAUGCCUUCUUGUCCCUUUUAUAUACGUCCUUCGGAGGAACGCCGUUUAAAGUCUCUCCACCUGAGCAUGUCAUGCGGGGCUGAGCGGUGUGAGGAUCAGCACACUCCCUGUUAGGAUGCCCCAGUCCUGGGCCUGUGAGGGGAAAGCUACCCCUCUCUGGAGAGGCGCUGCCCAGGGUCUGGCCCAGCCUUGGAGCUCUGUAAACUUGAUGAAGAGAGAAGUGCUGCAGUCUGUGGGGUGUUCGGAAAAGGAAGUUUGAAAUUCUUGUGUUACUCCUGUUUGGAAGUCAGCAGGCGGGAUAGGAGAGGCCAGUGGACUAACAGCUGGUCUGUGGUGAGAGCCAGGAAUUGUUUUGUGUUCAGACUCCAGGAUGAGCCUCAAUUCCCUGUGUGACUUCCUGUUUGUUUAACUGUGCCUCAGUUUCCCCAUCUGUUAUGUGAAUCAGGUGUGGAACGGUGGUGACUCCUACCUCACAGGGCUGUUGUGGGGACUCAGGUGCUGCAUGAGUGAAGGACAUGUCUUGCGCAGUGUCACAGGUCCAGGUCCAGGAACGUGCAGGACGAGGUCUGAGCUCAGCUGUUGCGCAGGGCUCUAGUCUUGUGGUUGUGAGUAAUAAAACCUGGCUGUAGCCCCGAGCAUGUGUCUCUUCUACUUGGCUUCUGCACUGAGCCUGGUGUCUCCCACCACACAUCUGCACACCUCUGGCAUAGACAGGGUGUCUGCAGACUGGAGGCAAGUGAGGUCCUGAAGGUGGGGUGGGGAAGUUGUGGGGCAGUAGGAUCUCUAAUGAGACCCAGGAGGCAGGGGAGUAGUGGGGUCCAGGAGAGGCUGGGGCACACUGAGCACACUGGGUCUCCUCAUGGCCGAGAGGUGAACCGCGGGCAUCACAAGCACCUCAGUCAGACUGAAGUAGACCCAGAGCCAGACCACUCUUGUGGGUCCUUGCUUUGGGGUCCACAGAUUUCCGAUCCUCAGAGUUUUCUCAGCCCAGUUUAUCCUCCGUCCGGCCCUCCUUGUAGUGAGCACGGUACCCUACAGGACUCCCGCCUGCCCUGGGGAAUGUCACAUGUCCCAGCUGCCCUCAGGUGUGGGGUAGGGGACAUGCUGGGAGUGAGCCCAGCCCGACACUGCAAAUCCACAUCACCAUCACGCUUGAGGACCUGUCCUUUCUGAACCUGGUGUCACUUGCCCGCCCUGCCUACCGCCGCCUCUUCACACAGCCACCCAUUUCCUCUUACCUGCCUCUUUGCUAGCCAGUGGAAACCUUCUCACAAAUAAAAACACUCACGGCUGUAAGAACAGCCUCUUCUGAACUGUUUCGUGGAAUGUUGAAGAAAAAAAAGCAGUCUUCAGCUUUAAUAGGAGGUGAUGUUUGUAGUGUCUCAGUGCUCACUGGAAUGAUCUUUCACAUUGGUCUUAAAGGUCAUGUUCCCUCUAGAAGAAGUUCUAAAAUUUCUGUGCGUGAUCUGUUGUAUUUCAUUGUUUGCAUCGAUUAUUUUUCUUUUUAUGUGUCUCACAUUCUGCACGCCCAUUCCUAAUUUAAGUUCAUCCUACUGCUUCAUCCUUUUCAGCUGGGAUCAUGAAGGCCCCAGAUUGCUGAUAAGUCAGAAUAUUUGGUUUGGGAACACUGAGUUGGUCCUCCUUGCUAAGUCCUGCAGUGUUUUGAAACAAAGCAGCAAGGUACAAGCUAUGCUCACACUUGGAUUCCAGCCGGAGCAAGGAUGAGCUUUGAAUAAAACCAGGAGAUGAUCAUUGGUGGGAUGAACACUGGCCGGCCUCGACCCCGUUCCAUACCUGUCCCUUUUCCGUGACAUUCUCUGGGUUUGCUACCUGAUUGAUAACUGGCCGUGUAGGCUAGGGGGCCUCAGACCUUCACACCUCUGACAUUUCUAAUUCUUAGAAGUCACUUGAAUCCAUUUGCUCUCUCUGAAAAAUUAGACUGGUGGAACUAGACCACCAGCAGGUGCCCGCUGUGUGGAUGGGGGUCCCCCACCUGUACCCUUCCAGGUGACUGGGACCAGGGCCAUUCCUCUCCGGCUGGGUGGUUUGGAGAGGGCUUUUUUCCCAGCUAAUCAGAGGAAGAACGUUCUCCCUUAAGGUAAAUUCCGCUGACAGUGGAAGGGAGCUCCUUAGAAGGCUGUCAGCCUGGCUCCAGCUGGGCGAGCUACACUGGUGAAGCCAUGUGAGAUGAUGUCCCUCCUGCCUCCCUCAGUUGCUCUCCUUCAGAGACCUAGGAGAGGUGCGCGUGAGGGUUGGUGGCGUAUUUCACAGUAGGUUUUGCUCUGCUGUCUGGGUCUGUAAACCCUGCCGUUUCCAUCUUGGAAUCUCUGCUGAGCGCCAUGAGCGGCCAGACCGGACUGCUCUGGGCACAGUGCUGUGGCCUGGGUGUCCGGUGGGAAGGGCCGCUGUGCACCGUCGGUACAGGGCGGGAGCCGGCUGUGCGGCCAUCCAUCGUCCGCUGCAGUCACCCCGCUCGCCCAGUCAAUACGUCUCUCUCCGAUGGGAAAGUUAAUAAAUUUUGCUCUAGAUUAAAAGUAUUGAUCAUUUCAUUUGUAAACGAUAAAUAAAAAGGGUGAACUUUUCAUUGCACAGUGGGUGGCGGCUGGUGUAUUUUGCCGCUGAAGUUCUGCUGGCUGUUGAGGGGUGGGCUUCUCAUAUGCAUUCCGGCUGGCCAGCUGCAUUGAUUUCCUAUUAGUCUCCCAGCACCACCCAGCAACACAUCAUUUCAGUACCUGCUAUUAAUGGUCUUUUGAUAAAUAAUCACUUGUAAGUCAAUAAAUUUUUAUUAAACAGU